AUGCCCUCCGACCUAAUCACAGGAAGCUGCGCCUGCCACCACAUCACCUAUAAAGCCAACCAGCCCCCCUUAAACGUCACAAAUUGCCACUGCACCACCUGCCGCAAACAAUCCGGCGCACCCUAUCAGAGCUGGGCGACCUUUGCCCCAGGCUCCCUCACUUGGGACAAGAACAAGUCGCCCUCGUUCCGGAGAUCCAGUGACUUUGCGACCCGCGGGUUCUGUCCAAAGUGCGGAUCGAGCGUUAGCAUGAAGUAUGACUACGAGUCCGAGCAUCAGAGCGUGCCUGCGGGGACCAUCGACAACGCGCAUCAAGCAAAGAUCCCGAGGCCGAGUUGUCAUCUCUUUGUGCAGGAGAAGGCGGCGUGGUUUGAUCUGCCCGAGGAUGGCGCUGAGCGGUGGGAUCGGUUUACGCCGGCGAUGGAUGAGAGCUUGGAGAACUUGCAGACGAAGUCGAGCUGA